ACGGAAGGUGGGUGUUGCUGCUGAUGUUGCCGCUACUGCGUCACUCUUGUACUCGUGCUGCUGCUGGAAGCAUGCUUAGAGUGACAACAGUAGCAACGACAGCAGCUGCGGCGGCGGCCAGGCGGCCCUCAUGGCGCGGUUUGAAGGGUUCGGCCUGGUGCGCCAGCGUGUCGGUGAGGAAUGAGCCCGUCCUCGACUUCAAAAGUGGGAGUCCCGAAAGACAACAGCUCCUGCAGGCACUGGAGCAGGUGAAGUCGAGCACGGAGGAGAUUCCUUGCGUGGUUGGCGAUGAACACAUUUGGACCGGUGAUAUCCGAUACCAACUGUCUCCGUUCAACCACGCACACAAAGUCUCCAAGUUCUGCUAUGCUGACAAGGACCUUAUCCACAAAGCCAUUGCGGCGUCGGUGGCAGCCCGGCGCGAGUGGGACCUGAAACCCGUCCAGGACCGAGCGGCGGUCCUUUUCAAGGCGGCGGAUGUCAUCAGCGGACCCAAACGAGGCGAAGUACUCGCUAAGACCAUGAUCGGACAGGGCAAAACGGUAAUCCAGGCGGAGAUCGACGCUGCCGCUGAGCUCAUCGACUUCUUCCGCUUCAACGCCAAACACGCCGUGGAGCUGGAGGCGGCGCAACCGAUGGACGUUGAGGGCAGCACCAACACCGCCAUCUACCGUGGCCUUGAGGGCUUCGUGGCCGCCGUGUCUCCUUUCAACUUCACCGCCAUUGGUGGGAAUUUGGCAGCAACGCCGGCCGUGAUGGGUAACGUGGUCCUGUGGAAACCCAGCGACACGGCCAUGUCAGCGAGCUACGCUGUCUACCGGAUCCUGCGUGAGUGUGGCCUCCCGCCCAACAUCAUCCAGUUCCUGCCGGCUGACGGUCCUGUCUUUGGAGACGCCGUAACAUCCUCCGAGCACCUGGCAGGAAUCAAUUUCACUGGCAGUGUCCCGACCUUCAAGCACCUGUGGAAGCAGGUGGCCCACAACCUGGACAUGUACAAGACCUUCCCCAGGCUGGCCGGAGAGUGCGGCGGCAAGAAUUUCCACUUUGUGCACAAAUCUGCGAACGUGCGCAGCGUGGUGAACGGAACGGUGCGCUCGGCCUUCGAGUACGGGGGCCAGAAGUGUUCGGCCUGCUCCAGGAUGUACGUGCCCGCCGGCCUGUGGCCCGACGUCAAGCAGCAGCUGCUCGACGCUGUCAAGCAAAUACGCGUGGGAGAUCCUGUGGAAGACUUGGGCGCCUUCUUCUCGGCCGUCAUCGACGACAAGUCGUUCAGCCGUAUCAAGAAGUAUUUGGAUGACGCCAAAUCAUCCCCCGAGCUGGAGGUCAUCGCUGGGGGCAACUGCGACGACUCCAAGGGGUACUUUGUGGAGCCCACCAUCAUCACCACUAAAGACCCCCAACAUCCCAUCAUGGCCCAGGAGAUUUUCGGUCCGGUUCUGUCCGUGUACGUGUACCCGGAUGAUGACUACAAGGACGUUCUCAGUUUGGUGGACCGUACGUCCCCUUACGCGCUUACCGGCGCCGUCUUUGCUCUGGACAGGAGCGUGGUGGACGAGGCGUCCAAAAUCCUGAGGAAUGCCGCAGGGAAUUUUUACAUCAACGACAAGUCGACGGGCUCCGUUGUGGCGCAACAGCCAUUUGGGGGCGCAAGAGCAUCAGGCACCAACGACAAACCGGGUGGCCCACAUUACGUCCUCCGCUGGACGUCUCCGCAGGUAGUCAAGGAAACUCACGUCCCACUCACACAGUGGAAGUAUCCCUACAUGGCAUAGGGGGGCGCCACCGCUGCCGUCCAAUCGCACGAAGCCGUCCAGCGUGCCCCGGCCCACUUUGCACUGAACUCUGGUGUCAACGUCGACGGAGCGACAACUACGUGACGUGUUUCAAGAGGAAAAUCAAUGGCUUUUUAUUAAUAUAUUUUUAUAAAUCUACCUGCAAAUCAGUUCAAAAUCAAUUGAUAUGAAUAUGUUAUUAGGGAAUUGUGAGUGUUGAAGAUCUGGCAUGUUUUUUUUCUAAUAAACACUGUGAAGUUAUGAAACAGUUUAGUUUUGACUGUAAUAAUAAAAAUCAUGUGACAGAUCACACCUUCUA